AUGGCCGGGUGGGAAGAUUGGAUGGAGGAGAGGACGAAGGAAAGCUGGGGACGGCCGGGAAUUGAACCCGGGCCUCCUGAUUACCGCGAGCGGACCUUCUGGGAGGUUGGCGACGUGCGAAAGCCUCCAGAGAUCUUCAAGUGCUUCACGCUGGCCUUGAGAGACGAAAUGCCCGCUGGGACGACCAACCGCGUCUAUAAUUCCAUGUAUUUCAUCUUCGAUUUCACGUCGAUCUCGAAGUCCAUGCACGAAGAGAUUCCCUCACUAGUCGAAAUUUACAUCCACGAACAAGUGGAGAAAUUUAGCAAUCUGGGCCUAAUGGCGAUCGAAAACGCAUUCGUAUUCAAGAACAACAUCUCCAAUCUCUUCAUUCGUUCAGACUACGCCAGGAAACUGAAGAAGCGGAGAAGGCCCUGCACCAUGGAUAAAGGCCAUAGCUACGUCAGGUGUAUGGAGAACUGCUUCUGGGGAUGGGUCCAGUCCCGUCCACAACUGCCGUGUCUCGACCCCAUCCUCAUCACCAAGGAGGUCAACCUGACGAAGCCUGUAUGUUUAGAUCCCGAUAGUAGCAACGGGCUGCUCGAGGAACUGGAGAAAGCCAGAAAAUUUUUCAUGGAUCCUGAAUCCGAGAUAGGAAAGAAUUGCAGUUGUCCAAAGAGGUGUCACAGGUCCAUCCAUUACAUCAUCCCCGAUCCAAACUCGAACGGUUUCAAGGGGUCUGAGUUUUCUCGUAAUACCGGGUCUGCCACUCUCUUCUUCAACUUUCCCUCGCGUCGGGUGUCUACCUUCGUGGAACAAGAAAAGGCGACCAUCCUAGAGCUCCUCUCCGACAUCGGGGGAAUCGUUGGAAUAUGUCUCGGCGUUUCCAUCGUCACCAUCUUCGACUAG